AUGUCUUCAUUAGUCCAGACAUGGUACAGGUGGAAGAUGCUGCGUCUCCCGUGGCGCAAGCAAUUCCUCAUCGGCCGCGACCUCAAGGGCAACACCUUUUGGGAGUUUCGCGAACAACGCGGCGACGGCCCCGGCCGCUUCCGCCGCAUCGUCAAGCCCCCGCGCUCGACCCACUACUCCGAAGUCAACGUCUCGCCCCUCUGGCACCAGUGGCUGCGCUACACCCGCGAGCACCCGCCGUCCAUCGAGGAGCAGUCCAACGACGAGUUCCGCCAGGAGAGGAUGAAGACGCUCGCCGCCCAGGCCGACGCGCGCUGGGAGGCGAAGCCCAGGGUCAUGGACGCUCCCGGCCGCGACAUGGGCCAGCCCGUGCCGGCGCUCGACACGGCCAAGACGCAGCCGAUUGCGCCCGAGCGCGUCGCGGUCAAUGACGCGAGGGAGGAUGCCGCGAGGGCGCCGACGGGAACAACGCAGGCUGCUGCGGCGGCGGCACCGGAGGAGAAGAAGCCCGAGCAGGACCCUUGGAAGAAGGCGAGAGGAGCCGGAGAAGGGUGGCAGCCAGAGGCGUGGACGCCAGGGUCUACGCGGAAGAGGUGA